GCAAUCCGGAAAUUCCAAGUGAAAUUUUGCAGUCUUCUCGGCGGCGAAAAGCCAACUCGUAGAGCCAAAUAAAGCUAAGCUACCAAAGAAGAGAGGGUUAUUGUUGAAAUUAGAGCUUUUAAGUACCGGUUUUUGCCUCUUUUUCGUUGUUACAGAUGGUUGUGGUGCUUAGUGCCUCUGCUACCAAUUUCUCUGCACUUCCUUCAGGUAAAGGUUGCAAGUACACAGGUCAAGCAGUGAGAGCACUUCCUAUACGCAUCAUAUCGGUGGGGAAAAAGAGAUCACAAGGUGUACAACUCGUUGUGGAUGACUACAUUCAAAGGCUUAAGUUAUACUGUAGUGUUGAGGAUGUUCACAUAAAGAACAAUCCUAAGAAUGCAAGUGAUUGGAGGGCUCAGGUAGAUCAUGAAGACAGUGCUGUCAUGGAUCUUAUCAGGUCCGAUGAUUGGGUGGUGUUGUUGGAUGAGCGUGGGAAAGACAUAGGUUCCAUGCAGAUGGCUGAGCUGAUCGGAGAUGCAGGGAAUACGGGAGCUUCAAGACUAUCAUUCUGUGUUGGUGGACCUUAUGGACAUGGAAAACAAUUGCGAGAGCGAGCUAACAUAUCUAUCAAGUUGUCUUCUAUGGUAUUGAAUCAUCAAAUUGCUAUACUUGUUCUCGUAGAACAACUAUAUAGGUCAUGGACCAUUCUGAAAGGUCAGAACUAUCAUCGCUAGCUUUCUUUUCCUGAUCUGCACACUGCCACAUAGGUAAAAGUAUAGCCAGCUGCCAGGAGGAGCAUUUCUUCCUAAUCUUCAGACUAAUAGAUGUAUUCAGAUGUUCGACUGCGGCAACAUAGAAUGAUCAUUUUCGGUGUCUCCUUUCAUCCCAGUUCAGCUGCCCCCAG